AAUUAUUUUUUAUCUCAGUAAAAUUUGCGUUAAAUUUGCCAAAUGUAUCAUGUACCGCUGAUGUGAUGGAAUGAGUCAAUGGGGCAUGCCACUUGAUAAUAACCCGCCGCAAAAAUACUGCGUCUCUUGCGCUUCUUAAUAAGUAUUCUCUUUACUUAUUCAUUGCUUGAACUGGACUCUUUCUGUUAGUAAAUAUUUUUUCCGUUAUUAUCUCUCUCUCUAUAUAUACCCGUCGGUAUAUAUCUUAGUUUUGAAGCUGUGAUCUAAGAAACACCAAUAUCUCUGCCAUCGCAGAGGCGAAGUUCCUGGAACUUCUUAUAAGAAAUCGCUCCAUGUAAUACUUCUCUCAAUGUAAUACACACAUUUCUUAUAUCAUUGAGUCCCUUCCAUACAGACAGCAAUACACAAUGACUUCAUAAAAUUCUAAUUCUAAAUCAUUGACUCCCUUCCAUAGAGACAGCCAUACACAAUGCCUUCAUAAAAUUCUAAUUCUAAAUCAUUGACGCCCUCUUCCAUAGAGACAAGUAUACACAAUGACUUCAUAAAAUUCUAAUUCUAAUUCUAAAUUCUUGAUGAUUCCUACCUCUGCACAAUAAAGGGCAAACCGCUUUUGCAUCAACACAGACUUCAGGGUGAAACUUUUCUAUGAGCGUCGUCCGGUUUGCUUGUUGUCCAGAAAAGCUGAAAAGACUCGCGCAGCCCAGCCAGGAGAAGCCAAAUUGUCGUGGAAAUUACACAACACUCGCAGACUCGUCCUCUGAAGACAGUGAGUUUUCGGAGGCACCAUGGCAGAAGCUCACCAGGCAGUGGCCUUUCAAUUUACUGUCACUCCAGAUGGCAUUGAUUUGCACCUGUGUCAUGAGGCCUUACGGCAGAUCUAUCUUUCUGCCUUACACUCCUGGAAAAAGAGGUUCAUUAGGUUCAAGAAUGGUGUUAUAACUGGAGUUUAUCCUGGAAGUCCUUCUGGGCUCCUAGUUGUGGUUGGGGGUUAUUUGACCUAUACAAAGUAUGCAAAGAUAGACCCAACUUUAGGACUCUUCACUAAACUGGCCACUAAUUUACCAGUCAGUAAGUACAUAACGGAGGACACCCAGCAUAUCAUUGGUGGAAUGUUGAUUGGUACAGGGGUUUGGGUCACUGUCAUCUUUAUCAUGAGGAACAUCCUGAAAUCUCUGCUGUCCUGGCAUGGCUGGAUGUACAAUCGCCAUGGGUCCAUGUCCAUAAGUACCAAAAUCUGGCUGGUACUGGUGAAGUUGUUCUCUGGACCUAAGCCAAUGCUGUACAGUUUCCAGAGCUCAUUGCCACGCCUACCCGUGCCCCCUGUGACGGACACAGUGCAAAGAUACCUUGAAUCAGUGCGUCCUCUAAUGGAUGAUGAGAAGUACAAACGUAUGGAAGGACUGGCGAAGGACUUUGAGAAGAACUUGGGCCCCAAACUCCAGUGGUACCUGAAACUCAAGGCCUUUUGGGCCUCCAAUUAUGUCAGUGACUGGUGGGAGGAGUAUGUUUACCUGCGAGGACGUGGACCGAUCAUGGUCAACAGCAACUACUAUGCAAUGGAUUUUUUGUACGUAUUCCCUACUAAUGUGCAAGCUGCCAGGGCGGGAAAUGCCAUUCACGCCAUCAUGCUUUACAGGAGGAAAUUAGACCGAGCUCAGAUCAAACCUGUUUACUUGCUGGAGAACAGAGUGCCGUUGUGUUCAGCACAGUGGGAGCGGAUGUUUAACACAUGUCGCAUCCCAGGCCUGGAGACAGAUAUCAUCCAGCACGUGAACGAGAGCAAGCACAUUGUGGUUUUCCACAAGGGCCGCUUUUUCAAGGUGUGGAUGUUUUACGACGGCCGCUUGCUGUUGCCCAGGGAGAUUGAGCAACAGAUGGAGAGGAUUCUGGCAGAUACGUCCAAGCCUCAGGCUGGAGAGGAGAAGCUGGCUGCACUUACUGCAGGAGACAGAGUGCCGUGGGCCAAGGCCCGCACUGAGUUUUUCAGUAGGGGAAAGAACAAGCAGUCCCUGGACGCAGUGGAGAAGGCUGCCUUCUUCGUCACGUUGGACGACACAGAGCAGCGUUACGAGCCUGAUAACCCUGUGCGCUCCCUGGACAGCUAUGCUAAAUCUCUGCUUCAUGGAAAAUGCUAUGACAGAUGGUUUGACAAGUCGUUUAACCUGAUUGUGUUUAAGAAUGGCACAAUGGGUUUGAAUGCUGAGCAUACCUGGGCUGAUGCCCCCAUUGUGGGCCACCUGUGGGAGCAUGUGUUGUCUAUGGACCCUAAAAAGCUGGGCUACACUGACGAUGGCCACUGCAAGGGCAAACCACAUCCCAAUCUGCUUGGACCCCAGCGCCUACAGUGGGACAUUUCAGAGGAGUGUCAGUCUGUGAUCAGCAGCUCUCUGAUGGUGGCUACUGCCUUAGCAGAUGAUGUAGACAUGCACAUCAUCCCGUUCAACAACUUUGGCAAAGGUUUAAUCAAGAAGUGCAAGACCAGCCCAGACGGCUUUAUUCAGAUCGCACUCCAGCUCGCUCACUUCAGGGAUAAGAGCAAGUUCUGCUUGACAUACGAGGCCUCUAUGACGCGUCUGUUCCGUGAAGGCCGCACUGAAACCGUUCGCUCCUGCACCAUGCAGACUUGCGAGUUUGUUCAUGCCAUGAUGGAUGAAAAACAGACAAGAGAGGAAAGGCUGAGACUUCUGAAGGUUGCAGCAGAAAAGCACCAGGACCUCUGUAGAAUGGCCAUGACUGGCAAAGGCAUUGAUCGCCAUAUUUUCUGCCUCUAUGUGGUGUCCAAGUACCUGGGAGAUGACUCAGCCUUCCUCAAAGAAGUGCUGUCUGAGCCAUGGAGACUGUCCACCAGUCAGACUCCUCUACAGCAGGUAGACCUCUUUGAUUUGAAGAAGCACCCAGAGUAUAUCACCAGUGGAGGCGGCUUUGGACCGGUGGCAGAUGAUGGUUAUGGCGUGUCAUAUAUCAUUCUUGGAGAAGACUUAAUCAACUUCCACAUAUCCAGCAAGCGUUCCAGUCCAGAGACUGACUCUCACCGCUUCGGGAGCCACAUUAAGCAGGCCAUGCUCGACAUUCUUGAUCUUUUCCAGUUGGACAAGAAGGCUGUCAGCUAAACUGUUCUUCUCUCUCCAUAUAUAAAAAGGGUUUCAUUUCAUCGCAUUGCUCUACAUGUUAGAAGAUUGUAAAAAUUGUUGAUUUGUAAUUUAUGAUUGAUAAAACAAGAGAUGGGGAUAUUAAAUAUCAUCAAUAAUGCAUGGAAAAGGAGAUUAUAUUCAUGUUGUGUUCAGGUUUAAGUGUGUAAACUGAAAGGAACUAUUCAGUGGGCCCUCGUUUAUAAUGGAUUGCACCAGCCUUCCUUUGUCUUUUAGUAAACACGCUGAAUUUCUCAGCUUACAGAACCCAUAUCUCUUCUUUUAUAUCGAACUGAAUGGCAGUUGCAACUUCAAAAUCCAGAUAACACUCUGGGGGCAAAAACCCAAUAUCUUUUUGUGCUGUGUCAAUGCAAAGCAAAUACAAUGCAAUGUUUCUAGCCGGUAUUUUACUGCUGAACCUGAGGGACAUAUGACAGUGGCUAAGGACAGCCACUAGGGGGCGGCCUUAGAGAAUUUACGCUUGGAGUAUUUACUUGAAGGAAAUUAUUUUAAAGAUAUCACUGUCAUUAGAUUUCUUAUAGAAGUAAGUAAUUACACCUGAUAUAAGAUUAUGAUAUAUAAUAUAGUAAAUUAUAUUACAGAUAUAUCUAUUAAAAGUGUCCAUUAAAACCAAUUCCUGUAAGCACAACUCAGGCAAGUGUUUCUGAUUCUGCACCAUGAGGUGGAAAAAACAACUAACUCUGGAUACAAGCAGUGAAAGCACAUAGCUGCUUUAUGAAUGGUUAAAAAGUCUCCAGAGUUAAACUCUUCAGGUUACUGCAAGCCUUUUCAAAUGAGUCUACAAACAAGGGAUAAAUGAAAUGUGUGUAUGCUGUUCAUUCUGAAAACAUGCUAUAUAUUUAUCUAUUGUUUUCUGUAAUUCAUGAAAGGGUUGUACCCAUGAGUUGCUUUACUUGAUUAGUCUGAAUGGAAAGUGUAACUGAACUGUGUUGUAUAUGGUAACUAAUGUAUUUAUAUGACAUUAUCCACAGAAACAGCUGUCAUACCACAAAACAAUAAAACAUGUCAAUGUCAAAGAA